GUGGUCAAGGCUCAGUUUCUGCUUUCUCCUACUGAUGAUUCUUCUGAGCCACACGGUCUUCAUUUGGAAGAGAUUUCUCUCUUGAGAAAUCCAUCUGCCUCCCAUAUUCUUUCCAAGAGCAUUUUAUGGAGAACAAAACUCAUCCCGGUGCUGAGGAGACUAGAUUAGAAAAGACAGAGAAACGGAAGGAAAGUGCUCCUGAAGCCAUGGAGUCUCAGAAGGCGAGAACAGCCAAACGUCUGGCUACAUUUAUUACAGGCCUGGUGGAGUGCAUGUGCUUUGCAGGAGUCAUUUUCGGGUGGACAUCGCUGGUCUAUGUCCUCAAACAUUUGAAGUACUUUGACAACUUUUGCGAGUCAGCUGUCAAUGCAACCACCAAUCGAACAAUGCAAGGCUGUGCUGCUCAGGAUGAACAGUUCUCUCUCAUCUUCACCAUUGGCUCCUUCAUGAACAACUUCAUGACCUUCCCUACUGGCUACAUCUUUGACCACUUUGGCACCACAGUAGCCCGUCUGAUUGCCAUAUCUUCCUAUACCAUGGGUAGUCUCCUCAUUGCAUUUUCUUCAGCAGCCACUGCAAUAAUGUUAUAUCCAGCAAUGACAUUUAUCUCUGUUGGUGGGAUCCUUCUCAUUCUGACAAACAUGCAGGUUGGGAAUCUGUUCGGAAAACAUCGGUCCACAAUCAUUACCCUCUACAAUGGAGCCUUUGAUUCUUCCUCAGCUAUAUUUCUUAUCAUCAAGCUCCUGUAUGAACAAGGCCUCUCCCUGGGAGCCAUGUUCUUCUUCAUGUCUGCCUGCAGCGCCUGGCACUUAGUUCGCACCUUUUUCCUGAUGCCCCGAUACCAUAUUCCUUAUCCACUGCCCCCAGGCUAUACAUAUGGAUUGAACUGUCCUGGGAUUUCCCAUUCAUACCACACUUAUGAGGAACAAGGCUCCCCCAAGAUCACAGUUGCAGAUGAAGCCCAAGACUCAAAUAAUCUGCAUGAUGAGUCAGCACUCAAAGGAGAACAAGCUACCAUCAAGGACAAAGGUGAUACUGAUACUGGAGCAGACGCCAAGCAACCGCCUGUUAAAUCCUUCAGGAAAUGCAUUUUCUCCAUGUUAUUUUUCUGGCACUUAGUAUGGCUGUCAGUGAUGCAGCUGCGCCAUUACCUCUUCAUUGGCACCCUCAAUCCCAUGCUGAGAAAACUUGCGAAUGAGGACAACAGCCUUGUGAGUAGCUACACCAAUGCAUUUGCCUUCACACAGCUCUGUGGAGUCCUGUGUGCCCCUUGGAAUGGGCUUAUUCUUGACUGGCACAAACACAGGCAAAAGAAAGGAGAAGGGGCACCAGAUCCUGUUGCUGACCUCCGUUCUUGUAUCCUGUCCCUAACCAUUACAGUCCUACAGUGCCUGGCCUUCUCCAUCUGUGCUUCCAUUCCAGUGCUGCCUGUGCAGUAUGCCACUUUUAUCCUGCAAGUUCUGAGCCGCUCCUUCCUCUAUGGAGGCAAUGCUGCCUUCUUGGCUAUUGCUUUUCCCCCUGAACACUUUGGGAAACUCUAUGGUCUGGUGAUGGGACUGUCAGCUGUGGUGUCCCUCCUACAGUAUCCCUGUUUUAUACUCAUCAAGGGUCCACUAAAAGGGGAUUCCUUUUAUGUUAACAUUGCCUUCAUAGUGUUAAUGCUUCUGGCUUUUGUCAAUCCUUUCACGGUGUGGCGGGAAUGUAAGCGACGACAGAAGGAGCAGGCUGCAAGAAAGCUAGGCCUAGAGACUUCCCUCUGAGUUCAUCCCAGUUUAGACUUUGGAAACCUCACCUAACAAAAGGGACCCUUACGAAGGCCUGUGUGGGAUUAAACACUGUCUCUAAAUCUUGAAGCAGCAAAAUAGGCCCAUAUGAUCAGGUGCUCUUAAAUCCCUCAAACUUAGAAGGGUUUAACUGUGUCUAAAUUUGGGCUAGGUUACUAAUUUCAUGUUUCAAAACAGGGUUUAAAUACACAGUCCCCUCCCCCCCCCGUAGCAUUUUAUAGAAAUUAAUACCAGAUUCAUAAUUUGGAGUGGAGGGAAUUUAUAAUAUUUUUCACUGUUUUGUAUUUUGUAUCUUUUUUUUUCAGAGAUCUAUUUUUGUUCAUUGUAUAAAAUUUUACUAUAGAAACCAAUUUAUUUUUUUUCCAAGCUAAAAAUGUUUAAUGAACCAGAAGCUGUAUUUUUUAAUGUGACAGUAUUUUAACCUCCCUUUAAACUUUUGAAUAUGUUGAGAAAUCUUCUAUUCUCUAGUUUUUAAUUAUUUUAAUAUUAUAUUUAAUGCUUGUUUCUACAAAUUGAACUACAUGUUAACUUUGAAGAAUGAACAAAAAAAAAUUUUUUAAGCCCAGGAGCAAAAAUUCAGCUAUUAAUAAAAAUGAUCUAUCAUAAAAUCAAGUGCCAGUCAAUGAAAGCUAUAAGGGCAGGAAACAGACGGGGUGUUUUUUUUAAAUAAUUGGACCUCAAGGAACCAAUGUUAAAACAA